AUUAUAAUAAAAUUAAUGAAAUUAGUGAUGUUAAAAUUAUAAACUCAAAUUAUUAACUUUCAUAGUAUCAGAGUUUAACAUCACGGCAUUGAUGAUUCGUGAUAUUCAUGCGGUGUGAGUUUAUUUUUCUAAAUUUUAUUAGAAACUAAGUAGCAGCAUGUUCGAUAUGAAUUUUAUAAAUGAAGGCUUUCAUAAUUAAUAAGCAAUCAUCGUAUUAUUAUUUUUUAAAGUGUUCUGGCUCUUAUUAUCAUUACGUUCGCCAGAACAACUUAACCUUUGAUGAAAUAUGUUUCCACCGAAAGACUUGGAGAAAUCAGAUUAUAUUAGUUUAAAUAUUCAAGAAAGUGCAACAUUUACGCGAGGAUCAUCACGUAGUCUUUGGAGACAAUGGAAACAAUUGUCAAGGUUUCAAAGAAAUAUUCUUUAUUUCUUAGUUAUUACAAUCAUAUUAGUUGUAUUUUAUCUUUUACCUGGUGAUAAUAAAAAUGGAGUUUUAGAUGAAAGUGACUAUAAUAACAUAGAAGUAGUGCAAGAUACCCUUAAAUAUGAAAAGGCAGCAGAAGAUAUUGUAGUAGAUAGUAUAAAUCAAGAACAUAAAGGAGGUGGGGAGGUCAUUGAGGAACCUGAAUUCCAACCAGAAAUAAACCAGGUGGACGAUGAUCAAAUUGGAGAACCACCUCAACCUAAACCAAAUACACUUAAAUUUAAUGGACCACAGAAUAGUAGACAAAAAGCUAUAGUUGCAGCAUUCAAACAUUCAUGGAAUGGAUAUAAAGAAUAUGCUUGGGGUUAUGAUAAUAUAAAACCAAUAUCAAGAAAAUAUUAUGAAUGGUUUGGUUUAGGUCUCACUAUAGUUGAUUCUCUUGGUACUAUGUAUAUAAUGGGUUUAAAUAAUGAAUUUUUAGAAGCUAAAAUGUGGGUUGAAAAAAAUUUAGUAUUUUCUUCAAAUAGAGAUGUUAAUUUAUUUGAAGUUACAAUUAGAGUAUUAGGAGGUCUAUUAUCUGCAUAUCAUCUUUCAGGUGAUAAGAUUUUCUUAAAUAAAGCUACAGAAUUAGGAGAUCGUUUGAUGCCAGCGUUUUCUACUUCAUCUGGCGUUCCUUAUUCCGACGUAAAUCUUGGAACUAAAACUGCACAUGGUCCUAAAUGGGGUCCCGAUAGCAGUACAAGUGAAGUUACUUCAAUUCAAUUAGAAUUUCGUGAUUUAAGUCGCAGUACAGGAGAUCCUAAAUUCGAAGAAGCAGUAGCAAAAGUAUCAGAACAUGUACAUCAAUUAGAAAAAUAUGAUGGUUUAGUACCCAUUUUCAUUAAUGCUAAUACUGGACAAUUUAGAGAUCAUUCAACAAUUACACUCGGUGCACGCGGUGAUAGUUAUUAUGAAUAUUUAUUGAAACAAUGGCUUCAAACAGGAAAGACUAUUAAUUACUUACGAGAUGAUUAUCUAUUAGGUAUUUCUGGAACUCAAAAACACUUGGUAAAGCGUACAGCAAUUAAUAAAUAUCUUUUCAUAGCAGAAUUAGUUGGAGCAAACAAAGAAAUAACACCAAAAAUGGAUCAUCUUACAUGUUACUUAGGAGGUACUUUAGCUUUAGGAGUACAUCAUGGUUUACCACCUGAUCAUAUGGAUCUUGCUAAUGAAAUUGUUAAAACUUGUUAUCAAACAUAUGCAAUUCAACCCACGUUCCUUGCUCCAGAAAUUACUUAUUUUAAUAUUCAGAACACAGAUGGAGAAAAAUCAAUGGAUAUGUAUGUAAAGAUGAAUGAUGCACAUAAUUUACUCAGACCAGAAUUCAUUGAAAGUAUUUUUUAUAUGUGGUAUUUUACUGGGAAUAAGACUUACCAAGAUUGGGGAUGGCAAAUAUUUCAAGCUUUUGAAAAUUAUACGAAAGUAGAAAAAGGAUACACCAGCAUUGGAAACGUGAGAAUUGUUUAUAAUACACCACAAAAGGAUAUGACAGAAAGUUUUUGGUUUGCUGAAACUUUAAAGUAUUUGUACUUGUUGUUUGACGAUACAAGACAAUUAAUAGAUUUAGAUAGAUGGGUAUUUAAUUCUGAAGGACAUCCAUUACCUAUAUACGAAUCGUAAUUAAAUCUGAUCACAAAAUUUCAUAUAUUGCAUAAUUUGUAUAAAUUUGCACUUUUAGAGAGUCUUAAAUAUCUUUCGAGGCCAGUGAAUAGAUAUCCUAAUGUCAUAUGGAAAUAAGAAAUUAAUCGAAUUAAUGUACUUUAAAAUAGAUUUUUAGAUUAAUGAUAUUCUACAAAUAGUUCUCAAACUACAUUUUCAUAAAAAUAUUUUUCAUGCAUUAUUCUAUAAAAAAAGAAGCAUUUAUUGAUAAUUAUUUAUGCUCAAUUUUUUUACUAAUUUUCUAAUUCAAAAAUAUGUAUUUUUAAAUUCAUCAUUAUAAUCUAUUCUAUGAUAAAUAAUUUAAAAAUACAAAACAUAUUUAAGAGAUCAUAUUUUUAAACAGUGUAUAAAAAUUGUUGAUUACAAUGUUUAAAAAAGAAAUUUAAAAAAAUUAUUCUCUUAUAAUCUGAUAUUAAAUCCUCUUCUUUUUAAUUCAAAUAGGAACUCUUACAAAAUCACUUAAUUACAAAUUGUCUAUAUUAUUUACAUAUUAAAAAAAACUAUUACAAAAUUUUGAUUAAACAAGAAUUUUAAAAAUAAUAUUAAUUUAAGAUAUUAUCUUCAAAGAUCCUAGUCAAAUCAAAUUUUCUUUUUUGUUAACAAAUGUACAAUAUAUUAUUUCUUACAUAUUUUUAUAUUUAAUUAUUUUAGUUCAAAUAAACGACUAAUGAAUGAACAUGACAUUAAAAAA